GCCACCCCUCUGCUUCGUCAGAGCAGAGAGCUGCAGUGACAGAGCAAGAGGCCAAGGCACUAGCCAAUAACCCAAGGAGAGAGUGGUAAACGAUCGAAACCGAUCAGCCAUGACUGAGCUGGCGCCUCUCCCCAAGGUGUUGCUGGGGUCGCUGGCGUUCGGGGUGUUCUGGAUGCUGGCGGUGUUCCCGUCGGUGCCGUUCCUCCCGAUCGGCCGCACGGCGGGGGCGCUGCUGGGGGCGGUGCUCAUGAUCGUGUUCCACGUGAUCAGCCCCGACGACGCGUACGCCUCCAUUGACCUCCCGAUCCUGGGCCUGCUCUUCGCCACUAUGGUGCUCGGCGGCUACCUCAAGGGCGCCGGCAUGUUCAAGCACCUGGGCGCGGUGCUGGCGUGGCGGAGCCAGGGUGGGCGCGACCUGCUCUGCCGCGUCUGCGUCGUCACGGCGCUCGCCAGCGCGCUCUUCACCAACGACACCUGCUGCGUGGUGCUCACCGAGUUCGUGCUCGAGCUCGCCGCCGAGCGGGGGCUACCCGCCAAGCCCUUCCUGCUCGCGCUCGCCACCAGCGCCAACGUCGGCUCCAGCGCCACCCCCAUCGGGAACCCGCAGAACCUCGUCAUCGCCUUCAACAGCAGGAUCACCUUCCUCCAGUUCUUCUUCGGCAUCCUCCCGGCCAUGCUCGCCGGGAUGGCCGUCAACACGGUCAUGCUGCUCUGCAUGUACUGGAAGGACCUCGAGGGCGCCAGCCCCGACGAGGUCGCCGCCGUCAAGGAAGCGGAGGCCGCCGAGGAGGGGCGCUCGCCGGCGGCCUCGGUGCUCUCGCUCAACAAGUGCAGUACUAGCCCCGGCGGCGGCGCCGCCCUGCGCCUGCGCCAGAACGGCCACGCCAACGGCAAUAACGGCCACGACGCGGAGUCGGUGAUGUCGGAGAACAUCUCGACCAAGCACCGGUGGUUCAUGCAGUGCUCGGAGCAGCGGCGGAAGCUGUUCCUCAAGAGCUUCGCGUACGUGGUCACCGUCGGCAUGCUCGUCGCCUACAUGCUCGGGCUCAACAUGUCAUGGACAGCCAUCACCACCGCCAUCGCCCUCGUCGUCGUCGACUUCCGCGACGCCGAGCCGUGCCUCGACAAGGUGUCCUACUCGCUGCUGGUCUUCUUCUCGGGGAUGUUUGUGACGGUGAGCGGCUUCAACAAGACGGGGCUCCCCGGGGCCAUCUGGAACUUCAUGGCGCCCUACGCCAAGAUCAACCACGUCAGCGGCGUCACCGUGCUCUCCCUCAUCAUCCUGCUCCUCUCCAACCUCGCCUCCAACGUGCCAACUGUGCUGCUGAUGGGGGACGAGGUGGCGGCGUCCGCGGCGACCAUCUCCGCGUCGGCGGUGACGCGGUCGUGGCUGCUGCUGGCGUGGGUGAGCACGGUGGCGGGCAACCUGUCGCUGCUGGGGUCGGCGGCGAACCUGAUCGUGUGCGAGCAGGCGCGCCGCGCGCCGCGCAACGCCCACGACCUCACCUUCUGGAGCCACGUCGUGUUCGGCGUCCCCUCCACGCUCGUCGUCACCGCCAUCGGCAUACCCCUCAUCGGCAAGAUCUCCGUCUAGCUGCUAAUUAAUAGCUUCACUGCUACUGUAGUUAAUUAGCACGUACAGAGGAUCCAUGGACGCAUGCAGCUUCAACAAUGUCGUGCCAUGGCGACCGGUCAACGAGCGAGCAAGCUAAGGCAAAAAUCAAGCCCUGCACCCUCAUGCAUGUACGCAUGACUCAAGUGUGCGAUUAUUUAUUAAUUAAUUAGUGCGUACUUUUCAAGUCUCAGUUAUAUAUGUAUAUAUAUAGCUUUAUUUGCCCUGCUCUGAGACAAACUGUUGUAAGUCGGUCGUGGCUAGAGCAGUGACGUCAGAUGUUAAGAAAUUAAGACGCAGCAAUGUGCUAAUAAGCAGCGCAUAUGCAUGCAACACAUCUGACCUGGUUUGCAGCUUUGGUUUGGUUGAAUCUAGGUAAUGAUGUACUGGCUGGUGAGUAUUGAGAAUCAUUGAAUCAGCCUGAUGCAUGGUUUCAAGUCUAAAGAUAAAAUUUGCACCUGCGAUCACAA